AUGAAAUACUUUGUUCUCUACAGCACACUCGCCCUCGGCGGUCUGUCGGUCGCAGCUGCUCCUUUGGACCAAGCAGCCCCAGUACCCGCCCCAGUCCUCCAUGACGUCCCCAGUGCCGGUGACGAUGCGUCUAAAGAUUCUCUGAAGAAGCGCCAACUUGACAUCGGGGGUCUGGUAGAAGGGCUGAUUACACCGAUUCUCCCAGAAGAAGCGCUGGAGAAGCGUCAAUCAGACCAUGAUCAAUACACACCUUCGACCGUAUCAGACAACUCCGAAGGGCAGCUAGAGAAACGUCAAGCCGACCCAAGCCUGCUGGCGAUGUUCGGCACCCCUGAGAAAACCCUCGAAUACUUUGCGUCUUUCAACCAGCCAAGACAGCUAAAACUCCUCGACAUCCUCAUUGGCGACCUCAGCGGAGUGGUUCCGGCCGUCACCAGGCUCCUUGAUAGUGUGCUUGACCUCCUCCUUCCACCAGUUCUAUCCCCAGCGCUUCCCAGGGCUGCCGAACCCACCACUAUCAGACAAUACUCUCCCGAGGCAGUUUUGAGCGCUCUGUCGAACAUCGGCUAUCCUCUCGGAACAGGUCUCGGGUUGGCUACGACCACACUCUGCAUCGCAACGACUACAGUUCCCAUCGCCGGGUUUCUUACUGUGACGAUAACAAGGCUUACCACUGUAACUGCGGGCCCGGUGCCUAUCAUCAUCCAGGGGUUGACGGCUCUCGAGGGUGCCAUCUCGUCGGUGCUCAACGAGGUCAUUCCCAGCGAGUUGCUUCCAGGCGUGACCAUUGCUGCCUCGGCCAACCUUCCGCUUGGCCUGAGCCCAGCGAUCAGUCUGACGGUUCCUGGGCUCAGUAUCCCAGCGAUUACGUUACCUCCUCCGCCGACGGUGGCGGUGACCCUCCCGUCAACUCCCUCGAUUCAGCUGCCGUCUGUGUCGUUGCCGUCUGUGUCGGCACCAUCCGUCCAGGUGCCGUCUCUCUCAGUCCUGACCCUUCCGCCGGUUCCCACACUGCCAUCGAUCUCGUUGCCCAGCGCGUCUCUCCCGAGCAUCUCGGUCCCAAGCAUUUCGGUCCCUAGCAUAUCUGUUCCGAGCGUAUCUCUUCCGAGCGUAUCUCUCCCUAGCGUAUCUCUCCCGAGCGUAUCUCUCCCGAGUGUGACGCUUCCGAGUUUGAAGUUGCCAGCGGUGUCUUUGCCGAGCGUCUCACUCCCAAGCCUCACCUUACCGACCAUCUCAUUACCGAACCUCUCUCUCACCUUGCCGAUUGUGUCUUUACCCAGUCUAUCACUCCCAAGCGUGUCGUUGCCAACUUUGCCCGAGACUCUACUGCCUGGAGUUACGAUUCCGGGCACUCCGCUCCCUGGGGUCAUCGUCUCGCCAGCACCCGGCCUGACCCUCUUCGUCGGUGGCAUCUCGGCCAAUCUCCCCGUUGUUGGUACUGUGGGAAUUCCAGCACUCAUUGACCUCACCGUUGAUCCUUCGGGCUUCACAGCUUCAGGAAUUGCCAUACCUGCCGUGACCAUCCCUCCCCUUUUUAUCCCUCCUCCGGUCCAGGCGGUCCUCCCCAACAUUUUGAGCCAGCUCUCCCAAGCUGUUGCAACCGAAACCCCGUUGGUUCCUGGUCUUAUCGCUGUCAUUAAUGGGUUGGUUCCCAUCCAGACGCCAGCCAUCACCCAACCCAUCGGCAACAACAUUCCCAUUCCGACUGGUGCCCCUAUCUUGCCUAGCCUGCUCAGCGAGAUUGGUGCUGCAGUCGGUUCCCUUCCCUCGGCCAUCCCAAGUCUCCUCAGCUCACUCGAGCCUCUGCUUUUGCCGGAGCCGACAUUCUCCAUUCUGCCUUUCCCACCUUUCCCAAAUCCAUCCGUCCAGCUGCCAACCUUUUCUAUCUUACCAUUCCCCCCAAUUGCAACCCUCUUCCCCAACCCUCUCACCGCCCUCCCGACCAUAACAUUCCCACCCCUUCCUACCGCCAUCCCGACGCUGACCACUACUCGGUCACCUCCAUUCAUCAACUUAGGUCCUCCCAUUUCUGUUCCCAACAUCCUCACGUCCCUCCUUCCUCCCCCGACCAGCCCAGCCACCCCGCAGGGCGGCUACCGAUUCAACGCCAUGUCCAACUCCAACGUGGCAGUCUACUACGGGCAAUCACAAGCCUCUGAGCGCAUCUCCCUCGCUGACGUCUGUGCCGAUCCCAACGUUGAUCUGGUCAUCCUCGGCUUCGUCACAGACAUCAGCUACCAAAACAGCGGGCUGCCCAGACUGACGCUCGCGCCUGUGAUCAAGGGCGUCAAGACUGGGUAUCAGCGGCUUUUUUCUCCGGGGUUGGACUACUACGCGCAGUUGGAGGAGGACAUUAAGACUUGCCAGGCGACGCACGGGAAGAAGGUUCUGGUGUCGCUGGGUGGGGGCGGUAGCUCGUUGGUGCUGAGGUCGGAGAGCGAGGCGCAGCAGUUUGCGAACAAGUUGUGGGAGCUGUUUGGGCCGGUGACGCCGGCGACGACGAGGGGUUAUGAGUUUGUGAAUGGGUUGAGGCCGUUUGGGACGGCGGUGGUGGAUGGGUUUGAUCUUGCAAAACUCGACUCCUCCCCCAACUACUGGGGCACCUUCGCAGCGACGAUGCGCUUCAACUUCUUGCAAGACACUUCAAAGAUGUAUUAUUUGUCUGCUGCUCCCGGGUGUGCUUCGCCCGACAGGUCGAUCCCGAUUGGGUACCUCGCCCAAGCCAACUUUAUCUGGCCGAGAUUCUUUGGAGGAGACGACACCGGACGGUGCGAGAUUGGGGGUGAGAAUUUCUUGACGUCGAUUCUUUCAUGGUGA